AUGACUUCGGUUAUAUUGCUGGGCCAUGCGCCUUUCCUUCAAGCACUGGAACUGCUGUUCUCAGGCCCUGGAUAUUCGCAGACAUAUCGGAAUACGUGGAUGGGCUGGUACAGUGCAGGGGGCUACAUCAUGGAUUCUGCAGGAGUCAUGCUCUCUGGACGCGAUGGCAAGAUGCCGGCCUAUGACACUGCAGGACUCGUUGGAGUGCGCUUUGAGGACACCGCUGGCGGCUUCAUCGAAUUCGAGCUUGAGGGCAGGUUUCGUGACAAGCCACUACUGAGCAUUGUGAAGGAAUGUAUGGGUGCUGAUCGGGAGAAUGAUGGCUCAGCAGUGUGGCGAUCAGGCCAUUGCGAAGUCGGAAAGGCUUCCAGCACGUUUGGAAUCCCGCGUCCGUCGCGCAAACUGGUGAUAGGCUAUGCUGGGGUUCGUGAAGAGCCCCUGAACUGGGUUCUUUUCAAGAUUCAGGAGAGCUCGGCGCGGAGAGAGCUGCCUUUUGCCUUUGGGACGCAAAACAGCACCAACCCAGGUUUCGCUGGCCGUGUGUACAUAUAUGGAGUGCAAUAUGCGGUCGAAAGGGCAGGAAUCUGGCAAUCGGUCUCGCGUCCAUGCCAGGUUGAUGCAGAAGGUUGCGUUACAAGCCACAACUUCCCGAGGUUCUAUGGUACCCAAGAGCACUGCAGCAUUGAGAUUGAGAAAUCUUUAGCGGGUCCGCUGAAUGUGACAGACUUCACCACGGAGAGCAAUCACGAUGUGCUGACCGUCAAUGGCAAGGCAUACAGUGGGUCUGUCGGACCGGACGGAAUCACACCUACAGAAACAAUAGUGUGGAGGUCGGACCAUUCCGUUUCCAACCGUGGCUGGCGUCUUUGUCCGCCGGCACUUGCCAGGACGGAGUCUUCUGGCAAGCAGCAGGCCAACUUGGCACAUGGUGGUUUGCAGGUCUUUCUGCCUGUGAUACCCUUUGCCAUGAUGUGCCUGGCAUGCUAUUGCGGGCCCACCAUCCAGCACAGUUGGCGAAGGUGGCAUGCCCAUCGUGUGCGGUUUCGGAAUGACCUGGACCAGGAUGGA